AUGAUAUUUCCAACACUUGCAAAUCCUGAACCAAACCACUUGAACGAUGUUUUGUUUAUACUUGGAGGUGAUGGGUUGGUUUCAGAGGGCAUGGUUUAUAUAGGUGAAGAAGAUCACAAGAAUGGCAAGACAGUGGCAGAAAAGAGUAUUAGAGAGUUGAAGGAUUUUGCACAAAGUUAUCCACAAUUUUGUCAAGAAAUUAAGACAGGUUCUCGGUCUGCAGACAACGACAGGUACCUUUGUUUGUCUUUGAGUCCCAUUACUGGGAACUUGGUGUCCUCUUAG